AUGUUUAACAACACUGCUUCGGCUGGUCCAUCUCCUCCAUCUGAUGCCUUCACUCCCUCAGAAAAUGGAACUAUCAACAAGAGGAAAAGAAGACCAGCUGGUACUCCAGAUCCAGAUGCAGAGGUCGUGUCACUCUCACCCAAGACCUUAUUAGAAUCAGACAGAUACGUAUGUGAGAUCUGCAACCAAGGGUUUCAGAGAGACCAGAACUUGCAGAUGCACCGCCGCAGGCACAAGGUGCCGUGGAAGUUGUUGAAGAGAGAAACACCGGAGGUGAAGAAGAGGGUGUUCGUGUGCCCUGAGCCAAGCUGCUUGCACCAUGACCCGUGCCACGCCCUCGGAGAUCUUGUGGGCAUUAAGAAGCAUUUCAGGAGGAAACACAGCAAUAACAAGCAGUGGUUGUGUGAGAAAUGCUCAAAAGGAUAUGCUGUUCAGUCUGAUUACAAGGCCCAUCUCAAGACUUGUGGUACUCGAGGCCAUUCUUGUGACUGUGGCCGUGUUUUUUCCAGAGUAGAGAGUUUCAUUGAGCACCAAGACGCUUGUACUGUCCGGCUGAUCCGGCCUGAGUUACCAGUUUUGCAGCCGGCUUGCUCUUCUAGAACCGUUUCUAGCACCAGCCCAUCAAGUGACACCAACUUCAACAUUUCCCCAUUGCCAAGAAAACCAAUGCAAACACCUUCAGAACCUGUCUUUUUAUGCCAAGAUCAUCACCAUUCGACUAAUGAUGAUCAAGAACACAACUUGGAACUCCAACUACUACCAUCAUCAAACACAUACUCAUCGCUACAAACCAACGAAAACCAUGCAAAUAAUUUGAAACUCUCCAUUGGGUUAGACGGAAGUGGCAGCUCUAGACGACUAUUGAAUGCUUCAGAAGCAAAAUUGGAAGAAUCAAGGUUCAAAGAAGGGGCAAAUGAGCAGCUAAAGUUGGCAAUGGCCGAGAGGGCCUAUGCUGAGGAGGCCAGAAAACAAGCCAAGAGGCAAAUUGAAUUGGCUGAGUUGGAAUAUGCUAAUGCAAAGAGGAUUAGACAACAAGCACAGGCCGAUCUUGAGAAGGCUCAAAGUCUGAAAGAGCAAGCCACAAAGAAGAUUAGCUCCACUUUACUUGAAAUCACUUGCCAUGUUUGUAAGCAACAAUUUCAAGCAACAGCAGUUCUUGCACCAGCUGAUGAGACUUCUCUUGCUAUGAGUUAUAUGUCCUCAGCCAUGACAGAAGGUGGAGAGUAGCAACAGCCCCAUCGUUCAACUUUGCUACAUAUAUAUAAAUCUAUUUGUUUGUAUGCCAUCCGUUUAUUUUCUCAAACUAUAUCAUGUGGGUAUUUGGGCAUUCUAGUGUGAAGCUCCUAAUCCAACGAGUGUUCUGAUUUGUUUUUUUAUUUCCGUUUUUUCUUGUAUUUGCGCUGAAUAUUUCUUCAUUUAUUCAAAUGACAAUAUGAUCACUAAAAAAGUUUAA